GCUGAAAAGUUUGCAUCAACUCAUGUGAUUUCCGGUGACAGGCAGAUCUCUGUGUAAAAGGAAAGCUGCCUUCAGCACAGUGAAGUUUUUCUUCAUCGCGGCUAGGCUUUCAGGGCAACAUAGAUUAAACCAGGAAGGCUUACCAAAAUGGACCCAUUUUUGUCUCUCUUGCAUUCAUUUUCCAUGAGUUUAUCUGACCAUGAUCUCUCUUCCCUUAAAUUUCUGUGCCUGGACAAAAUUGGCAAAAGGAAGCUUGAGUCCGUCAAAACUGGUAUUGAUCUCUUCCUCAUCCUCCUUGAACAGCGGGAGAUUGCAAAAGAGAAGGUAGAUUUUCUCCAGCUCAUGAUCAAAAGCAUUAAAAGAGAAGAUCUGAUAAUCCAGCUACAGGAGUUCAUAGAAGGUGGACAAGGUGAUGUUGUCAACCAUCUAGAUGAGACAGAAAAACGUCAGCAGAAUGUAGCUUUUGAAGUUAUAUGUGACAAUGUUGGGAAGAACUGGAAAAUGCUAGUUCGAAGAUUAGGAAUUUCUGAUACAAAAAUUGACAGAAUUCUAACAGCCAGUCCUUAUAACUUGCAAGAACAAUUGAUGCAGUCACUUCGAGAGUGGCAGAAAUGGAAGGGAAAGGAAGCUAAGGUUGCUGACUUAAUAAAAGCCCUUCGGGAUUGCAAAAUGAACUUGGUAGCAGACAAAGUAGAAAAUGAACUUUUACAACGGGAGAACUAAAACUAAAUGAAAUCAAUACAAUAUAUACAAAAUGCAAUAUUAAAACUGAGAGCUUAAAUGAAAAGGGAGGGAAUGCUGUCUAACUGUUAGAACAAGAGUCAGGAUACUCCACCAUUGAUUUAGGAGCUUAAAUUCACAUUUAUAGACAUAGACCAAGAUUUUCAGAAAACACUUAUGAUUUUGGGUCCUUAAUUUUUGGGUUCUCAAUCUGAGACCAUUUAAAGGGUUUUGAUAUUUCAGAAAAUGCUGAUUGCCUGCCCUUUGAGAAUCCUUAUUUUUUUAUCAAGUUAGGCACCCAAAAUCAUUAGUAUCUUAUGAAAAUUCUGGCCUUAGCAUCUGAUUUGUAGAUACUUAAAUCUUGAUGCCCACAGUCAUAUUUAGGCACUCAAGUGUGAAAUUCUCUUUGCCUCCCACAUCUGCCAAAUAGGAAUAUUACUACGUACUUGUGGAACCUACCUCAAAGGAGUUUUGUGAAGCUUAUUCAUGUAAUGCUUAUAAAGAAGUUUGUGCUCCAUGGAUGAAAUGCUUCUUCCUAAAUAUAAAAUAUUAUUCUUAAAUUCACAAAAAUCAAGAAAUUCAAAAUUGCAAUUCCUUCAGUACCCCUAACUCAGCCCACUAUCCAUAUAUGGUAUUUUGGAUGACUGCAGAUGCUUUUAAAAUUUGCUUUGAAAUAUGUAUGCAGGGUGAUUGGUGUGGGAAACUGACUUCUAUGCAUUUCCAAAUAUUUGAAAUUUCCAAAUUUUUGGCUAAAUAAUUUUGUUGGUAAUAAAAAAACCCCAAACAGAUACUAGCAAUAUGCUGCCCUUUCUGCCAGAUCUUGAGAGGUAAGGAAUAUGUUCUGAGUGGUGCUUCAAGCGCUUCUUUUCCAUGCAAGGGUGUUAAACACCAUAUAGAAUUAGGCCUUAAGAUUGCAGUGCAAGGAGCCCAGCAGUUCUGGUGGCCUUUCCUCAGCUCAAAAAUGCCUGUUUUCAGAAUAAACUGCCUGAGACAAAGGGUUUAUAUUAAGUGCCUUCCCUGCCAUAAAGAAUGGGAUGCUACCCUGCCACUGUAAAAUACAUAGAAAGACCUUGCCCUGUAGUUGUUUAAAAGACCCUCCUUGUUCCUCCUGCAAAAGAUUCGGCCCAUUGUAACUGUACAUCUGAGGAUGCUGCUCAUAGCCACCACCACAGCGACUCUGACAACCGACCCUGUUAGUAGAAUCCAGAGCACUGACCCCAUUUGGAUCAUCGGCACAAUUUUCAAUGGGGAAAGUAGAAUUCAGUUGUCUGUGCUCUUAAUAACAUCAAAUGUUAAGACAAAGAGAUACAGAGUGAAUAAAGAAAAGCUUUUCUUAUGGAGAAAUGAAGUUACUGAAGAAAAUAUAACCCUAUCCCCUACAGUUUAUCCACCCUGCUGUGCAGAUGAGGAUCAAUUCUUUACUACAUGGUGCUCUAACUGAAGGUGGCUCCAGGUCCAAUACUGCUUUAAUCAGCAUUCUUCAGUUUUCCUUGACGUCAGCUCCUUCAAAUUUGGCCCUUACACUAACCCAAGAUUGUGAAAACUGCACCUACUUUAAAACCUGCUUUCAUGCCUUCUCUAUCACCUAUGUCGAGUGCCAGCAUCUUGCAUGAGUUCCUCUGAAAUCAAUAUUGAUUUGACUUUGACUAGGACAGCAGGUAGCCUCAGAAACAUAAUGUAAAAUUCAUACCUAAACGGAGAGGCUUCACUUCUCUGCUAAACCUGUCUCAUUUUGUUUUGGGUAGCUGAUAGCAUACUGCUCUUUGUCAGUUUCACUGCACUCAGCACUAGUAUGAAAUUGACAAGAAGCCUGAAAUUCAAUAGGAAUGACAGCAGGUAGAAACAACACAAAACUGUCAUGACUGUCUCCAUAUUUUCAAUUCAGCUGAUGACUGAGCUUCAGAAAUUGGCAAGUUAACACAUGAUUACAAUUACUAGAAAAGUUGAAGUAAUGUGUACCUAGUACCGUCAUACAACAUUGUCAUAAAGGCUUUUCUUUAGAAGCUGAACAGUGAAAGAUUGGCACACAGAUAUUUAUGAUCCUAAUAAGCCGGAGACCAGUGUUUGCAAGUGUCUACGUAGAAAGGAGUAAAGGGUGAUGCUCUGGCUUCCACAUGUCUGUCUUUGUGCAUAUAUAGUUUCAAGUAAUUGAACCGUAAUAGAACAAUAGCUUGCUUUGCCUGUAUCUCAUACAGACUUCAGAAGAGUUCUUAAGAACUAAUGAAUAAAUAAACAAAUUCUGAAUUCAGUGCUGAAUAAAAUGCUAAUCUGGAGCUGAAUGACAAAUUCAACAAAUUUUAGUUUGUUAAAAUAAUCUAUGGAUUUUUUUUCAUUAUUCUUCCUGCUCUAAAGAUAACACGAUCUGUUUCAAAAUUUUCUGCCUAUCAUUCUCUAUAUUCAGGGGGUUUUUUGGUAAUGUUGGUUGGAUGAGCUGUUACGUUUACAGAAAAUGCAAAUGUAAUUUUGUAGUGAAAUAGCAAAACCUCCUCUGCAACAACUGAAAGUUCAAUGUCCCAAGCAAUUUGUCCUCAUUACUUUUUCCCCUUUAUUCCCAAUAUUUAACAUAACAUAUGGUAUUUUGGAUCACAGCAGAUAUACACAUAUAUGAUACAAAGAUUACAAAUAUGGUACUUCUUGCAUGUAAUUAGAAUAUCUUCUUUUGAGAACUAACCGGAAAAGUUUUUACAUGUGGCUGAGUCAUAUUUUUGAAGGAAGCAGCACCUGACCCAUACUAUGGUUAAAACCAAAUUUGCUCAAGAAUUGGAACAUAAUAAUAUAAAAUUGGUUGACUCUGUGAAAUAAGGAAGCAAUGGGGAUAGUGGGGGGAGCGGUAGGAUGCACCAAAAGAUCAUGUUUGAAUUUCUGCAUGUAAGAUUGAAAUUGUAAGAUUUUAUAUGCGCAUUUCACAAAUGGUAUUUAUUAAAACAUCUUUCCUUUCAUGAAAAAAUGAAUUUGAUAUCUGUGUUGAUAGGGGAGAAAAAAGUAAAAAUGUGCAGUUGUCAAUUAUAUAUUUUCCUGAUUUGACAUAACAUGAGAAAAAUAUGGGAGCCUUCAUUCAAAGUUUAAUUUUUCUUGAGUUCUCAAUAUCAAAAAGUUGUGAUUAAAAAUCCAAAAUUCAACUUCUUAUAGCCACAUAAACUGUGAAGGAAACUGUGUCUAGUGAUUACUAUGGGGAAUUAGAAGACGUCUCUUCUGUUCCAAAUUCUGCCACUAGCCUCCUCUAAGCUUGGGGAGGAAAAAAAAUCACUUGGCCUCUAAAUGCCUCCAUUUCCCCAAAUAUAGAACAGGAGUAAAAAGAGUUCACCGUAGUUAUCAGGAGCUCUGAGAACAAAGUAUUGUCAUUAAUGCUUCCUCACCCACUCACAGAUUAUGAACAGCAAAAGUUUAAAUGAAAGACAUGCAAAGCUAAUCUCUACUUUAAAGUCUGUGAAUCCCUACAUUAUGUGGCUUAUAAAUGAAGGCAUAUUACAGCCUUUCUAACCAUUUAAUAUAUAGUUUAAAGGGAGAGCAUGAAGUUAUAGCCUUAAAAUAAUAAAUAGCAUGAAAACUCAAAAAUGUUAGAAAUAUUUCCCCAUUCUGUGUUUACUUUUUGUAUUUCACUUUUUGUACAAUAAAAAUAAACUAGAUUUUUUUUAAUGUG